AUGGUUGAAAAGCUCUACGUCACUUAUAACGAUGUCCACAGGCUCUGCCAGGAGUCGGCUCCUCACAUCCUCGAGCAAAUCCAGCCCCAGCUCAUGAUCGCCAUUGGUGGCGGCGGCUUCAUCCCCGCUCGCCAUCGGCCUCUCCCUCUACGAGAGCCUCCCUCCCUUGGUCCCGACAACGUUGUCGAGGUUCCCGGCACCAAGGUCACCCGUACCCAGUGGCUCGACCUCAGCGCCCUGGGCCAGAUGGAGAACCUCGUCGGCAAGAACAUUCUGAUCGUUGAUGAGGUCGACGACACCCGCACGACCCUCGACUAUGCCGUGAAGGAGCUCGAGAAGGAUGUGGAGGCUGCCAGGCAGAGGAUGGGCCCUGAUGCGCCCCAGACUAAGUUUAGCAUCUUUGUUCUUCAUAACAAGGACAAGCCCAAGAAGGGAACUCUUCCCACCGACAUGCAGGCCGAGGGCAGGUACGUCGCUGCGCGUACUGUCAAAGACGUUUGGAUUUGCUAUCCCUGGGAGGCGAUCGAUAUCGAAGACCACGACAGGCUUGCCGCCGAGGCGCUUGCAGCGAAGAACAGCCCUUGA